AUGCUUGUUUACUCUGAUAAAAAGGGAAAGCGAGAAGAUUACAUAGAAAGACGCGGUGGUUUGCCAAAUGGUCCCUGUGGCUGCACAAGCCGAGUGCAAACAAAUUUCCUUUAUUUGCUAUUAAAAUUAUCAGCGCAAGUUUUCAAAAGGCUUUCUCAUGCAAUCGAGGUGGCAAUGUUACUGCUGCAAGCUAAAUAUUGGCCAGGUGCUGAGGAGUUUGCUAAGGCUCGCAUCAUGAAGAAGAAAUAUCUUGAAGAUCCCCUUGCGAAGGAGUUGUUGAAGCCUAAGGAAGUUGUAGGGGACGACCCAAUUCCAUUAAGGUGAAU